AGUGAGAAUACAGAGGAAGACGAGGAGGAGGAGGGGGUUGAGUCUUCCCGCCGUGUACGAAGUUCGAAGUUGUAUGGAUUUCCGGGAUUUUGCUGCAUUGUAGUAGUGUGUAGAUCGCAGUCUGUGUCGUGAACGUGGAGAAGUAGCUCCGGUGAUCGGAGUUUGGCUUGGGGUGUGAGAAAAGUGGGGAGGGAAGGGGAGAAGAAUGAAGACGAAAGGAAGUAAAUUCGGAGGAGGGAGUUUGACCAGCCUAGGGCUGCCAUCGAUUUUCCUCCUGUGUCUCUCUUUCUUUCUCGCAGGCUUUUUCGGCUCAGCUCUCUUUUCUCAGCAGGAAAUGCCUAGUAAUUUAAGGCCGCGGAUGCGGGGAUUGGCGGAAAAAAGUAGAAUAGAACUCGAGGCGCUGCCGCAUGGAGACUCCGGCGAAGAUUUUGUGGAGGCAAUCCCCUUUCAGAUUCUGAGUUGGAAUCCCAGGGUACUAUACUUCCCAAAGUUCGCUACUGUGAACCAAUGCCAAAGUAUUAUCAAUAUGGCAAGGCCACAGCUCAAACCAUCAUCCUUGGCUCUUCGCCAGGGAGAAACAGCCGAAAAUACUCAAGGAAUUAGGACUAGUUCCGGCAUGUUUAUCAGUGCAUCAGAAGACAAAUCUGGCAUCCUGGAUCAGAUCGAGGCAAAAAUUGCUAAAGCAACAAUGAUUCCUAGGAGCCACGGAGAGUCCUUCAAUGUCUUGCGAUAUGAGAUUGGACAGAGAUAUCACUCUCAUUAUGAUGCCUUCAGUGUUGCUGAAUAUGGUCCACAAAAGAGCCAAAGGGUUGCUUCCUUCCUGUUGUAUUUAUCUGAUGUUGAAGAAGGAGGUGAAACGAUGUUCCCUUUUGAGGAUGGGCAAAAUAUGGACACAAAUUAUGAUUUUCGAAAAUGUAUUGGUUUAAAAGUAAAGCCGCGUAAAGGAGAUGGACUUCUAUUCUACUCACUCACACCAAAUGGUACCAUUGAUCCUACAUCUCUUCAUGGAAGCUGCCAAGUGAUCAGAGGAGAAAAAUGGGUAGCCACAAAAUGGAUUAGAGAUCAAGACCAGACCGACGAAGAAGAUUGAUAUUUGUAGAUACACAUUAGGCCAAAUUUAGCAAUCCGAAACUUGGAAC